CCUGCAGCUAACGGUUCUGGUUCCAGGCCGGCGUGUUUACCUGGGCUGUUUCACCUGGGCUGGGAGGGGGGUGCGACGGAGGUGGGGGUCAAAGCAUGACAGAUAUGACACGCUUGAUUUCGGCAUUUCGCGACCAGGGACAACUCGAGGUCGGUGCUGCGGCUAGAUGACCCGUGUGACGUCAUAGACUGGGCAAAUUUAACAGAGCAAGAAAAAUGAACUGAUUCCCAGUGACAGAGUUGUUUGCCCAUAAACUUGUUGAUCACCCUAAUGGCAGAAAUUAGAAUCCCAACAGAGCUCAUUCCACAAGACAUCAUGUUCAGACUCCAGGAGUGUAUCCAGCACCCCUUCCAGGCAUUCUCAAACUCCCCAGACUGGUCACAGAGUUCUUCUAGUCAUAUGUCAGUACCCCAGCAGUCUAAAACCUCACCCCAGUUCAACCAGCAGUCUAAAACCUCACCCCAGUUCAACCAGCAGUCUAAAACCUCACCCCAGUUUAACCAGCAAUCUAAAAACUCACCCCAGUUUAGCCAGCAGUCUAAAACUUUACACUGCAACACGUUUGGAUCAUCCAGACAAACUUUCACCCAUCAAAAUCUCGACGAGGUUGAUGGUUCGGACUCCGUGGUCCACAUCCUGCCGACAACCCAGCCCACCCGCAAGGUGGAGGACGCCAUGGAUGACUCAGACAUUGUCAGGAUAUUCCCUGACAACCCUUUAGACGUUCAGAAAAACUGUAAACAAGAUUCUGAAAUUGUACGCAUUUUCACAAAUGAAAAUUCCAAUGAAAAAAAGCUAAAAAAACAUCCUGAUGUUGUGAGCGUUUUUUCAAAUGAGGAUAGAGACAGGACCGAGCCAAAUGUUGUGCGUGUUAUCACACCAGUGAAGAUGUGUCAGGGUGAGCCUUCAGGCAGCUCAGAGGGUCAUUACUUUGACAAGACACACCGGUCAUUUCAACCCCAUAGCUCUAACACAACAGGAAGUAAACAACACACAGACAAAACUCUCCCUGAUUGGAGAGUCAACAACAACAGAACGCCUACUCAGUCGACAUGGGCAACCAGUUACAAUAAAGAUAGUACUCACAGGAGUUCUAGAACAAUCCAAGCCCAGCCGCAGAACCGUGAGGGGGUGAUGACCACACCCCAACAGCAGGGCAGAGAGGGGGUCAUUGCCACACCCCAGACCAAUAGUGUCUACAACAAAAACAGGCAGUCAUUGUCUCAAAGAUUUCCAGAGCUGCCUACACCCCCACAAACUCCGGACGAGGAAGACAUCGGAGAUGAUGAAGUGUUUAGCUAUGACUUUAAUAGGAGGGAUACUCCUGACUGUACUUUUAGAAGAGAUUACCUCCCCAUGAGAGAUAACUCUGACAGGUCUGUUGACACCAAGGGCUUAUCUCCCUUCAGCCCAUCUCAGAAAAUGGCUGAAAUCACAUUUGGUGAGAAAAAACAGACCAGAAAGAGACUCUCAUUUGAAGAAGAAGAAGAAGAGGUGAACAGACCUCACAGUUUUGAUUUGCCGAAGAUUAGCUCCGCCCCCACAAGAUCGCUACCAUUUGUUAGCUACGCCUGUAAACAGCAGACGGCCUCUACUUCAGGUCGAGCUAGGACGUCAUCUCCUGCUUUCUUACAAGAGAAACCCACCUGCAUCUCUCCCACCACCACCCAGGGUUUUAAACCUUACACCCAGUCUACAUCCAGCUCAAAGUCUGACUCUCCAGUGGCGGAAGUUUUGAAUACACUAGAGAAAACUUCUGACAAAUAUUCACCAAAACUGAGAAUACAUCGCAGAUCUGAUGGAGACAAUGCAACAGACAGCGGCUUUGUCUGGCCGGAUGAUGCAACCAGACCACCUGAACUGCAACAGCGACGUCAGACACUACCCUGUAUAAAGAGGCGCAGACUAGAUUUCUCUUAUCCAGAAACAGAAGACGAGAAAAAGAGUUUAGAGCUAUCCCACGACAACGCUGAGGGCGACUGCAAAUGUCAGCAAAUUGGGAAAGACGUCCUGCACAUUUUCAGCAACGCUUACAAGAAGAUGAGGCAGGACACGUCCAACGCUGACUUAAACAGCCUCAAGAACAGCAUGACAGAGACCAACGCCAUCUUCCAACUGGCUUUGCAGAACUACCACAGUAUAAAGAGGAUUUGUCCGCACAGACGCUCCUCCUCGUCCUCAUCCAUCAACAUGUUAUAUAAUCAUGUAAUAUAAUCAUUAUACAAACUAUAUAGAUUAUUGAUUAUAUAUACCAACAAUAAAUGAUAAGAAACAUUUUAAAAAGUUCCUGCUAGUUCAUUUGUAAUCUAAGAUGAGCUUUGUUUUGAUGUUGCUAUUUCUAAUUUCAAUGUGUUCAAAUUUAAACUGCUGAAAAGGUUUUAAAGUUAAAACAAUGAUUCUAUCAAUAUUUUUUAUUGAUUCCUUUAAUACGCAAUUUUUACUGUAAACUAAACUGUAGUGUCUUACAUUUUUUUCUAAAUAUAUGCUUUAAGACCUAAAAAAAAUUUCUACGUUCAAAAAAAGGUCAACUUCAAUAAGUUUGACUUUCUGAGACUUUGUACAUAUGCGCACAACAUUCUUCUUGUAAAAAUAAUUUAUUAUAAAAAUGCAACUUUUCAAAUUGCUUGUUUGUUUUGUGAAUGUCUUUAAAGACAUUUAAUUAUUGUAUCAAUUUGAUAUUUAAUACUUCAUAAACAUUCCACUUGUGAAAUAACAUUCCGUUUUAAAAACUUAUUUUAAACAAUUGUAUCUAUAUUUAAAAUAUUAUAUGCACUCUUCUUUGGUCUAAAAUUUAUCUAUUUAAGCCAAAAAUAUUUGUGUAAAUAAAAUUCUUUCAAUUUUUUAACAUUUAUGUCUACUGAGAUAAUUUAAAGACCAAAUUUAUAUUUUAACUCUCAAUGGUAAUGUGUUUCACUGUGAAAAAAAAAUUGAUUCAUUAUUUUUUCUUAUAGUAAAACUUUCAUGUAUGUUCCAUUAUAUCUGGUGUGUGAUACAAAAUACUGUGUCUUUUAUUUAUUCUUUUAUUUAUAAUAUAUCAAAUGCUCGGAAUGAUCAGCGAUGCGGUAUGAUUUAUCAUCAAUCCCAAUGAUAAGCCGUAAAAUGUAAAAUUCUUGGAUAACAUAAAAACUUUUUUUGUGUGUAGUUAAAUGAAAUUGUUUUACUCUUCAAGAUUGUGAAAAUAAAAAUUAUAAUUCAAACCCACAACAGCUAAAACAUAAAAAAAAAAGCUUUAAUUGAGAGAUUUUUUUGUUUUGUUGGAAUCAAUGGCUAAACUUCAACUACCUAUAAAAAAUAAAGAUUCAAUUUAUCAAAUGAAGUGAUAACUUAAUUUAAAUGAGACAUUUUUUUCUCAAUGAAACUUCUUCAGUGUGAUGUGUACAUUUAUCUAAAAAAAAAAAGAGAAAGUGGUUUAUUUAUUUAUUUACAGAGUUAAAUGUGUGGACUACCUCUUCAGUUGUCAGUUUGUAUGUGAUGCAAAGGUGUGAUAUUUCUUACUGCAGGCAACUACACAACUAACUUCCCUGUAGCGUGAUUUAAUUUAAUUAUUUCAGCAAAAGCUUAAAAUCCAGGCCAAAGAAAUGAAUUUAUAUAUAUAUUUUUUUAUCAGUUUAUUAUUACUUAGAUUUCCUAAUUCCAGAAGUUUUCAGUAUCAGAGUCCUGGUAUUUUAUUAAAACUAAUUCCUAAAAAUUUUUUUAGCUGUUUAUUGAAGGUCCAUACUUUUAUAAUUAUCUAUUUCAGUAUUAACACAAUAAUUUUGAAAAUAGUACAAUAAUAAUAUAAAAGUGAUAAUUUUAGAACUCAGAAUCGCAAGACAAAAGAAAAGUCUAAUACAUUUUUUCGACUACAAUUUUUGGGAAGUUAGUUGUAAUUGUCAAGAAAUUAUUUAUAUUCAAAUAACCUGUGUGAUAUUACUGUAUUGAUGACAGUCAGCUCAAUUAUUUUAUUAUUCCCUGCACAGGUGUAUUGCAGAGUUGUCUAACAUAGUCUGUCUAUUUGCACAGGCCAACCAGUCCUGACAACUACUUAAAAAUUAAAACAAACUACUUUAGCUCCUAUGUAAUGUUAAGUUACUGCAGAUGAUUUUGUAAGCUAGUAAUAUUUGAAAACAAUUUAUCAAACAUGGUUGAAUGCACAUUUUUUGAAUAUUCUUAUCUGGUUUAUUUUUUUUUUAAUUUAAUGUUUAUGCGUUUUCAAUUUAAUCUUUUAUAAAAAAACAUUUUCCAUUAAUGAAUUGAAAAACUUUUUGUUCAUACAGUAAGUAUAGAUGUACCCAAAUCAAGUCAUUGCAUCAUCUGAAUAUUUUAUCCAAAUUUCUAAUUUAAUGACAUUCCCUCUUUCUUUCUUCAUCAACUGAUAAACAAUAAUUCAUCAAAAACUUAUUCUGAAUCAUUUCGUUCAUGGUAUUUAUUUCCGUAUCAUUUGGAAUAAUCAUUGGUUGACUAAUAGCCUAAUCUGCGUGUAUAUAAAUGACAGUGGUGUUCAAAAGAAAGAAGUUGAAUACCCUCCCGUUCAGCUUUCCGUCCAAGCGUUUUCCAAUAAAAUUCAUCUAAUGUGUAAUGAAAAAUUCAUCUAAUGUGUAAUGAAAAAUUCAUCUAAUGUGUAAUGGAAAAUUCAUCUGAUGUGUAAUGAAAAAUUCAUCUGAUGUGUAAUGAAAAAUUCAUCUGAUGUGUAAUGAAAAAUUCAUCUGAUAUGUAUUGAAAAAUUCAUCUGAUGUAUAAUAAGUAUUUCAUCUGAAGUGUGUUAAAAAAUUAUCUGAUGUUUAAUGAAAAAAUCAUAUGCUGUGUAUUGAAAUAUUCAUCAGGUGGUUUUUUUUAAAAAGUAUUUAAAAAAACUUUGUCAUCAGAGAAAAGCUAGCUAUUGAAAAUGUAUGUACAUUCUAAAACAUUUAAUUACUUUAUUUUAAGAUUUGAAAGUUAGUUAAAUCUAUAAAUGUGUUCUUUUUUAAAAUUACAAUUACUAUAAAAAAGUAUAAUUGUAGAUUUUAAAUUUAUCAUGUACAUUAUCUAGUUUUAUUUGUUACAAAAUUUUUAAAAAUUUUUUAGUAGCCUUUGAAUGUAAUAAACAUUGUCUAGUAUUUUCACAUAAGAACCUCACAUAAUGCCAAACAUUCCAAAGUUGUUUUUUUUCUUGCGAGCCCUAUCUACUUACCAAAACGUUGGGUAGAUAACAUGUUAUAAAUUUGUUAUAAAUCUUGUUAUAAACCUGCACCAUCUACUACUGCUGCCCAGCUGAAUGGGAACUCUACCCAGCCCAUUUAUACGGACCGUCCAACAAGUAUGUUUUAUACACUGACACGUCUUUUUGCAUUGCUUUUUCUAGUAUUAUUUCUAGCAUUUACAACUGAAAAGGUGUUCAACUAUAGUUCACUUUGUGGCCGUGUUAACUCUACUUCAUCUAGACCACUGGGUCUUAAAAGGGUACUUUUAUUUUAGUUGUGUGGGCCUUUUUUAUAAUAUGACCAUGUUCUAAGCACUAAAUUGUUUAUGAUACAAAUAUUUUUACUAUUUAAUAAAAUCUCAAAUGUAGGCUUGUAGUAGGCUAUCAAAAUGUCUAAUAAACUAAGUAAUUUUUUUAAAAAAAUAGGCUAAUUAAAUCUUUUACAGAAAAUUUUAUUUACAUUAAUUAGAACUUCAGAUUUCUGAUUUCUGUUUUAUAAUUAACAAUGAAAUUUUUAAAAAUAAUGUGUAGGUAAUUAAAAAAUAAUACCUCAGCAUUCUUAUUUUUUAAAAAGGGUAGUUAGUAGUGCCAAAUGAGAUAAGAAAAAAUAGAAUGUCUAAGUAAAUUCAUUAAAAAUUUGUUCUUAAAAAUAAUAAAUAUAUGUUUAGAAAUUUUAGCAAUAUACACAUUCCCAAUCAAACUUUUACUUAAAUGUUUUUGUAUGUGAGUAUUGUAAAGUUUUAUUUUAAUAUUUCUUUUACCUUGUUUGGUGCAUUUGUUUUAUGAAAUAAAUUGUUU